CCGCUCGGCGUCUCACGCCCAGAGCCAUCCUGGCCCAGGGUGGACACGGGAAGGAGCGCUGGGUGCGGUGACUCUGCUCUGACUUUGGAGCACUGGGGGUUGGACUGAUGACCUGUAAAGGUUCCUUCCCACCCAAACCACCCUGUGAUUCUAUGAUCUACCGCCCUCCUCGCCGCGAGGCUGUGCAGGCAGCCGUGCGGGGCUGUUUGCUUCCCUGUGCUCUGCCACUCCGGUUGGUUUUGGUUUGGGUGUGAUGCCUGGCAGACCGGGCACAGGCAGGUCUCCGCGUCUGCCUGGGAGUGGGCUGUUUGUCCUUUGCGCUGCAGAUGUAUCUCCUGCUGCGUAUGUGGAUUAGAUAGCGGCGUGUCCCACACCGCCUUUCUUCCUCCGUUCGCCUUUGCGAUACAGAGUCGCAAGUCGCGUUUUGCUGUGGGCAAAGGAACUUUCCGUCUCGGUAAAUAAGCUUCUUUGUCCAUGAGCUCUCCUUGUUCCAUGCUGUGGAGAUGGUGGCUGGAGAGAGGACGAGCCGUUGGUCGGAGGAGAAGGCUGGUGUGCAGCGGGGGUGAUGCAUUUGAUGUAUCCGCAGGGAUAUAGGGUCCUCCAGAGCUUUCCCUCCUCAAGUGGGCAGGCGACAGCGGGCUCCCCUGGCCCUUUUGGCUGCCUCCAUAGCAGAAAUGUUGCGUCUCCUUGGGAUGAGCUCCUGGCUGCCUGUGCCUGGGGCUGUGGGUAUCCCUGGGCCAUCAGGGGCUGGAAGGAGCAGGAAAGCACAUGGAAAGGGGAUGGGAGCUGUGCCGGGAGGCUCCCCCCAUGGUCACCCCAUGGCAGUGGGGCCCUUUGGACACCCAAUGUUAAUGCUGCACGAGAGUCCUCGAUUCCCAAGACACUCACCAGGACAUUGGCCACGAUUUAGUGUUGCACGAAUGUGGUGACCCUCUCUGUAGAUGUCCUGCUCCGCUGGGACGUGUGCGGAACCCGAAGCUUCUGGUCAGGGAGUGCCAGAUCCUGCCAGACACAGCCCUUUGUCCUCUCUCUUCUCACCUUACGAGUGCUGCUUUACUAAUUUUAUUAAUGGCUCCAUAGGUCUCAGCAGCCACAAACCAUUCCCGAGCCAAAGUAUUUGCACUUCGCAAAGAUUUGGGGCUACGCGGGUCCAGCCUGGAUUUGGGUGAAACUGUUGUCUCUCCUGCCCCAGCCGUGGUUGGAUUAGUGAGAGCUGGGGUAGUUCCUGAGGCUUAUGUUGGAUUUUGGCCUGGGGAUUUUCCUCCAGGCAGGAGCUUAGCGGUGACCUGCUAAGUAUGCAGAUGAGAGGAGCUCUCCUCAGGCUGCUUUGAAAUGCAAGUGAGCGCUGCGUCUAAUUUCGUAAUCCUUUACUUGCAGCUAAUUAUGAUGCAGCCUUACUCAGAUUUUUCUCUUUCCCUUCCUUUCAUUCCUGAGGACGGUGUGAGUGUGAGUGCCCGGGAAAGUCCAACCCUUUGUUAACGGCUGUGUUUGUGCCCUGGUGAAAUCAUGGAACUUGGGUUGGAAGGGACCUUGGAUGGAAGCCCAUCCAGUCCCACCCCCUGCCAUGGGCAGGGACACGUCCCACUGGAUCAGGGGGCUCAAAGCCCCGUCCAGCCCUGGAGGAUGGGGAGCAACUCCUGGGUGUGUGCGGAGUGGGUCCGGUUCUUGGGACUGGAGUAUCUGGGAAGCUGGGGACGGGAAAGAUUUUUGGGGCAUGGCAUCGUCCUAGGCAAUUCCCAGACACGGAGGUAAUCUCCCUUCGAAACUCAGGGAUGUGAAGGCAUAGUUUUGCUUCUAGGACUGCAUCUUCAUUGCUCAGGACAGAAAGCAGCCCACAUUACUACGGGAUUUUGGCUCUUUGCUGAGCGAGGGCUGACAGCCUCUCCUGCCCCUCGUGCCAGCGUCAGCUCCCAGCAGUUUUGUGGCAAAGGCUCCUCUGUCAAACAGGCUGGGAUGGGGCCAGCCCGGCAUCAGGUGCCAGGCACGCAAGUCGUGCUCAACUGAACCUCCAAGAUCUCAUCUUAGCACGUUCCUGCUCCUGAUGGAUUAUUUGGGAGCUGGUGACCAUGUGCAGUGAUGGCAGCCAUCAGGAAGAAGCUGGUGAUCGUGGGAGACGGUGCCUGCGGGAAGACGUGUCUGCUGAUCGUGUUCAGCAAGGACCAGUUCCCCGAGGUCUACGUUCCGACUGUGUUUGAGAACUACAUUGCUGACAUAGAGGUAGAUGGGAAGCAGGUGGAGCUGGCACUGUGGGACACGGCAGGACAGGAGGACUAUGACAGGCUGCGGCCCCUCUCCUACCCGGACACAGAUGUCAUCCUCAUGUGCUUUUCCAUUGACAGCCCGGAUAGCCUCGAGAACAUCCCCGAGAAGUGGACGCCUGAGGUAAAGCAUUUCUGCCCCAACGUGCCCAUCAUCCUGGUGGGGAACAAGAAGGACCUGCGGAACGACGAGCACACGCGGCGCGAGCUGGCGAAGAUGAAGCAGGAGCCGGUGAAGCCGGAGGAAGGGAGGGACAUGGCCAACAGGGUCAAUGCCUUCGGCUACCUCGAGUGCUCAGCCAAGACGAAGGAGGGCGUGCGGGAGGUCUUUGAGAUGGCCACGCGCGCCGGCCUGCAGGUCCGCAAGAACAAGAAGCGCAGAGGCUGCCCGCUGCUCUGAGCGGCCCCGCGGGCCGGGAGGAGCCGCCUGUGCCGGCAUCCCUGCGCCGCGCGGGGAGGGAGCGCCGGCAAGCGCCAAAGCGGGACCUUGUGGUGCCAGUACCUGCCCUGAACUCUCCACGCAAGAGCUGCCACCCAAGCCCGUGGGAUGUCCCUGUGCGACCCCAGGGCCAUGAGGGGUCAGCCUUCGGUUUCCUCUGCUCUCUACAGGCUGGGCAUUGGCAUAGCUCUCGGCGUCACCUGUUUUCUACCCAAUCUCCUUGGGUUUGUCUCUCCUGUGGGGAUUGCCGUGGUGUUUGCUCUCCCUCCCCAGCUCCGGGAGAUGCCCGCAGCUCCCGUGUGGGGUCUGCUGGGCCCUUGGCUGCUCUCUGCCCACUCCCCACGUGCCGUUUUGUACCGGCUCACACCCAGGGCAGCUUUCAGUUGGCCGGAGUGCUCCGCUCCCGGGCCCUGCGCUGGGGCAGCUCCUCUGCCCAGCUCUGCCAGUGAUGCCUUCAAGUCUGCGUUCGGUCACGGACUCAGCACCGGUAAAUGGAAUUGCCUAAUUGGGGGAAUAAACGCAAACUG